GGAGGGAAAAGACAAAAGUAAUUUUUAAACCAAUCAAUGAAAUGGAUGAUCCAAAUUUCAUUUCCAAACUACGGGACAAUGUAUUGACCUGUUCCAUAUGUGGAGAACGAUAUAAUGAUCCCAAAACUUUGAAAUGUGAGCAUACUUUCUGUGCAAAAUGCAUCGAGAAACACCAUGAAGAAAACAGCGAAGGAAACGAGGCACUUUGCCCCCUUUGUCGAGAACCUUUCGUCUUUUGUCAAGCUGGUUCAUCUUUCUUGAGACCUAGUUUGCCCAUCGUGCAGUUGCUCGAUUUGUUUAAACCAAAUGAGAGAAAGAGUACGACCUUGGCACUACAUGUAUGUCAAAUUUCUUAUCAUUGCAAGAGCGAUGCAGCCACGUCCUUCUGUCCUCGAUGUAACAAAUGUAUGUGUGACAAAUGUGCUGAGGCACAUUCUCAUCUUCUCAGAGAUCACGAAGUAAAUCCUCUUACAAAUUUCCAAAAUUUCGAUUUAACUGAUGAUUUCAAGUGCCCUAAGCAUGACAAAAAACCAUAUUUGCGCUGUAUAUCGUGUGACACCAUCAUGUGUGAUGUUUGUAAAAGCAAACAUGAUGAAACUCACAUUCUAAAGUCAGUGGACCAAAUGAAAUCAGAGGUAAGAGAAAUUCGCAAAUUAGUGAUAAUCACUAAACAUCACCUUGAGGACGAAAAAGACGAAUACAGAAGAACUGACACAAUGAUGCGCAUGAGUGAAGGAAAAGCACGACACACAUUAUCAAAGAGUUACAAAGAAGCAAAGGAAGGAUUGGAAAAAAAUAAAACAAAGCUUGAUUCAGAAAUACAGAAACAUUCGGCAGACUUACAGAAGACUGUGGUUGUGAAGAUAAAAGACACCGAAUCUCGAUUAAAUAAAGCCUCCAAAUUAAUUGACCUUAUCGAUCGACUUUUUUCUGCUGGAAGUGAACGUCAUCUUUUGGAGUAUUGGCCAGAUAUCCAAAACCACUUAAAUGCAAUGCCAGUCUAUGAAUCUAAAGAACAUGAACCAGCUGCAAAAUAUGAUGAUUUGGAGAAGUUUGGAAUAGAAUUUAAACCGAUUGAGGGACUACAACUUGGUAGUAUUACAAAGACCAAAGCAUACGAGGAUUGGUUUGGAAAUUUUAAACAAAAAGAUGAGGCUACAAAGAGUACAACAGAAUUAGUAAGCAAGGAGACAACAUCCCACCCCGAAGAUCAAGUGACAAAUGAUGCAGAGACUCCAGCAGAAUUAAUGAAGGAGACACCAUCGCACCAAGUAAAACACGUGACAACAGGAGAGCAUGUGGGUGUGAACCAGGAGAAUUCAGGCAUUUCAGUCUAUUCAUACGCAAUGGGUUUUCCUCAAAGCUGCAUGGAUGAAAGAAAUCAAGAUAAGAAAUAUGCCAGGCAUAUACGGAAAAUGUCCCCCAUUGUUCAAGGAUCAAAAACAGAGGAAGGUAAAACUGGUCCUGUGCUAAACGACAAUAUAAGAAGAACAACCGGUACAGACAAGCACGUUGUGGAGGAAAAGUUGUUCGAGGGUAAUACUCUUUUCCGACUGAAUGCUGCUAUAUCAGGAGCAGUUGUCUUUCGGAACGCCUUCCUUUUCCUUGUAAGUUUCAAGAGUGACAAAAUGUUUGUUAUUGACAUUGAAAAAUGUCAAAUAACGGUGGAUAGAGAAACAGUAAAGCCAUUUGAUGUUGCUGCAACACGUGAUGGUGCAUUGGGAGUGGGAGAAGUAUUACUUGUUACUUGUCACAAAGGUCGGCGCAGCAGAUGUAGAAUCGAAAAAUACAGAGACGGGGGACUAGACGGCAUUUUCACAAAAAACGUCUCAUUUCCAUGCGGCAUCACAAUCCUGAACGACAAUGACGUUUGUGUUUGUGAAUCGAACCCAGACAAAAACUUAAGUCAACUUAAGAUAUUUGACAUAAAAGGAAACUUGAAGAAAGAAAUAAAGAGAUCGAUUUUCAAAUGUCCUUCCUAUCUCACUGGUACUCCAGAAAACGAAUUGCUCGUAUCUGAUAUCGAGGCAAACUGUGUGUGGUGUCUGAAAAAUUGCGAAAUCGGAUACCCUACUGUAGUGUAUGGAGAAUCAGACAUCGAACCACGAAAAGCAACCAUAUUCAACAAUUACAUAUUUGUAACAGGAAAAAGAACGGAAAAGAGUCGUGUUUUUGACCAGCAAGGUCAGCAGAUUUAUGAAGUUCGAAUAAAGAAUGAGACAGGAUUUUUUAAUCCUGCAGUAUUAGCUGAUUCAGGUAAAUCCCUCAUUUGCAUAUCGGAAACAGGCAUAGUUGUUAAUGUUUUACCGCGGGAAUACGAGUCAAUGUUUAUGACAAAGUUAUGAUUAUGAAGUAUGCAUAUACGUGCAAUAGCCAAUGUCCCCUUAACACUUUAUUAUGGUUAUUGUUAUAUAUAAAUCUCAAUUCAGGACUGAUGGAUAUAUGUAUAAUAUAGGUAUUGUCAGAAAUAAUGAAAUACAUAUGUAGUAUCUAUAUGGAUAUAAAUGAUUUGUAUCAUCAAAACAAUUUGGACUCUUUGGACGUUCUCAUUUUUUUCUUGUAUUGUGUAUUUCAAUCCAAAAUACACCAAAUAUUUAUAUGAUUACUACGUUUUAAUAAAGAUUAUUAAAGAAACAAUGAUUACAUUUA